GGUCGUGGUGGUGGUGGCGUGGUGGCGUGGUGGUGGUGGCGUUCUGGACGACUCGCGGCGAUCAUCGGCGGCGGACCCCGACGAUCGCUGCGCUCCGUCUCCACAGCGGAACGACCUCGGCGCAUUCCCUCUCCUUCGCCCUCGCCACCGCCGCUGCUCCCUUCCGUCGCGCUCGCGCGUCACCGUCGAUCCAUGGAAUCGCCGGCAGUGCCGCUGACAUUGCCGGACUGCCACCGCCGCCGCCGCUCUCGGCGCCGCCUCUGCCGCGCGGCCGGGGCGGCCCACGGGUCCGUGAGCGAGCCGCUCGGCGCCGGCGCCGCGCUGGCCGUCGCAGGCGCCCUGGCGGACACCGUGGGGCGCUGCCUGGGCCCCGCGUGCGGGAGCCUCCUGUUCGCGCGCGACACGGGCGACGUGCUCCUGAUGGCAGAUGGGAGUCGCGCGCUCGCAGCGCUCCGGCUGGAGCACCCCAUGGCCCGCAUGGUGGUGGAUUGCACGUUGGCACACUGCGCCGUCACGGGCGACGGUGCCAAGUCCUUCGUUCUGCUGCUGGCGUCGCUGCUGCGCAGCGCCGGCCUCGGCCCGGGAGCAGCGGCGACGGCACUCUGCGGCGGCCACCCCCCCACUAGUCCCGGCGCUCACGAGCGCAGGGAAACCUCCUCUUGCCGGGCCUUCGCCGGCCAGGUGCCCGCGCUGCAAACCGACGUGCUGGAUGGGAUCGUGGGAGAAAGAAUGAGGCGGCACAUGACCCUGGCGAACCUGGAGUCGGAGCGAGACCUCAGGGAUUCCACGGAGGGCAUCGUGAGGACCUCCUUGUCCUGCAACCUGGGCGCUGCUGCGGCGGAGGCCCUCGUGCCGGCGGUGCUCGGCCUCGUCUUCCCGCGCGGCACCGACGUCCCGCGCUUCGGGGAGCGCGUGAGCUUCAUCCUCGGCAACUUUCCGGAGAUGUGCACAGAGGUCAGCGGCGCGCCCGUCAGCCGCAGCCGCUGCCUGGACGGCGUGCUGCUGCGCAGGGAUUUCACGGUGCGCCCCUCCGGCGAGGACGUCGACGGCGACGUCCGCUUCGUCGCCGUGACGGGGCGGGUGCGGCCGUUGUCUUCGGAGAGCCUGGGCGUCACCUGGCAAUACGGGACGGUCUCUGAAUUUCAGCAGGCACAGCUGUGGGCCGACAGGUACGUGGAGAGGUUCGUGGAGGCGCUGGCGAGGGAUGGCGUCCGAGUUUUGUUCUCCGCCGUGAAGCAGAGCGACUGCCUCCUGCACUACGCGCGGCACGGCGGCCUGGCGGUGGUGGAGUGCGUUCCCGCGGAGGAGCUGGCUUUCCUGUGCGACGUCGCGCCGUGCGAGGCCCCGCCGACUGAGUGCGGCGACACCGUCGCCCGGCUCGCGGGCUCUCUGACGUUUUGCCGCAGGCUGGAGUUGGGGGGCGGCCGUGCCUGCGUGCACGCGGGAGUGCGGCGAGCGCUGCGUUCCCUCGUGGUUUACGCGCCGGUCCAGGGAGUCGCGUCCCAGUACGCGGCCGCCGUGACCGGUGCUCUGAAGACGCUACGGAUGUGGGCUCGCCCCGUGCCGUGCCGCGCCGAUCUGCGCGACGGUUCGGCCGUGGUGCCGGCCGGGGCCGUCCUCCCGGCCGGAGGGGCGUUCGAGUUCCUCCUCCACCAUUACCUGUGCGAGGUGGCCGACGGGAAGCGUGAACCGCUUCUGGCGCCGCCCCUGCGGCAGGCGUGCGCCGUGCUGGCCGAGGCGCUGCUCGAGAUCCCGCGGCGGCUUCACCGCAAUCUCCGCCCCGACCGCCGGUUCCUGACGCUGCUGAGCGCGGCGAGCGCGGGCCUGAGGGCACGGGGAGAGCUGGACGGGCAUCUGCUCAGCAUCGGGGGCGGGGUGGAGCCGGUGGCGGCCAAGUUGCAGCUCGUGGGCGAUGUGCUCCAGUGUCUGCAGAGACUACUCCGCGUUGACGUGGCGGUGAGGGUCACCGGGCGGCUGGUGGAUGGCGUGCGCGGGCACCACGGUGACUCGGAGGACGACUCGUGAACGCGCGGCGGCGCGCGUACGCAGCAGGGUGACGGCGGUGCAGCAGUGACGCAGCAGGGUGACGGCGGCGCAGCAGUGACGCCCGCUCGCGAUAGUUCUUUUGUGCAGUCGCUGGUGAGCGCUCGCGUGAUUUGAGAGUCUGCAUUCAUCAUGGGGUGGCUACCCGGAUCCGGGCUCGGAAUCUCGGCACUGCUGGCGCAGUGGGUGGCGGCGAGGUGG